AUGAGAAAGAGUUUGAUGUGGUGUGGUGGUGUGGUGGGAUUUUUACCUUCUCAAUGGAGACAAGAUUCCAGAUGUUCCCUUCAUGACAAGCCAAGAUACGGGGACUUUGGCGAUUUCAAAGUCCUGGAGAUUCCCUAUCAGAGAACAGAGGAAGCAGAGUACACGUUCUCAAUGCAAUUCAUCCUUCCGAAACAGAAAGAUGGGGGUUGCAGAAACUGUUGGAGAAGUUUGACGCCUGACACCGGGUGCUUAAACAGGGGAUUCGAGCUCCAAAAACACUACCUUGACGUUCUUUGGAUACCCAAAUUCAAGUUCGAGUUCUUCCUUGACAAUGUAAAACUUCCAUUCAUGAACACGGGUUUGGUGAUGACCGAGAUGUACCAGGAGAGGGAUCGGCUCUUUUCCUCGAAUAUCUUACAGAAAGUGAAGAUCGAGGUGAACGAGGACGGGACAGAGGCAGCUGCCAUCACCGUAGAUGAAGUUUUGGGUUGCUGUCUUUACAGUGAUAAUGUACCACUGCGGGUGAGGAGGACUUUUGUAGCAGAGCACCCUUUCAUGUUCAUCAUCAAAGAGGACUGCUCUGGCUCGGUUCUGUUCACUGGAGUAGUACUAAAUCCACUAGAUAAAGGAGAGUGA